ACUUUCGUUUUCUUUCAAAAUGGGUGGUGUGGACAUCGUUAGCCUCGCAUACUCUGUGACAGUGGCAGCAGGAGGCCUGAUGGGAUAUGUUAAAGCAGGAAGUGUCCCCUCCCUGAUGGCUGGUCUGGCAUUCGGAAGUCUGAUGGGAUUUGGUACAUACCAGACCUCUAUGGACCCACAAAAUGUCCACCUAUCACUAGUGACCAGUGGGGUGCUGACCGGUGUCAUGGGUUAUAGAUUUGUCAACUCAGGGAAGUUCAUGCCAGCUGGACUGGUGGCCACACUCAGUUUGUUAAUGGUUGCCAGAUUUGGAUACAGACUUGCCAUGAAAAAUUAACUCCAUCAUUCAUUUGAAAGGACUCUACACAUUAAAGAUUAUCUGAAUCACAUGUAUGAAAAGUUUGUUUUUAAUUGUAAUUUCAUAUGAAAAUACUAAAUAAAUAUGUUUCUUUGU